AUGGCAGAGAAGACCGACAGAAACGAAACAGCGAGAGAUUCCGGGUUCCACAAUCCCGAUGAGCGAACGGCACAAAAUGUCGAUUUGACUACCUCAAUUCCUCCUCCAGGGGCGGGGAACAUUUUUAAUGAAUCUUGUGGGAAUUUCGGAUUUGAACAACAAGAGAAAUUUGACGAUGAUAAUAAGGAUCAGAAUGAAGAAAUUAAAAUGGAGGAAUUUGAAACCCCUAAAUCGAAUAAAGGGAAAAUUGAAUUCGCGGAAUUAAAUCAUGAGUUAUUGAUGAGCCUAAUCGACGCAAUGAAAGAGAUGAAGGUACAGGUCCAGAGCAUGGCUAACGAGAUUGCCCGAAAUAAUCAGGCCUUUAGUGAUUUGAGGUCUGAAUUUACGGAAAAAUUCAAGACUCUGCAAGCUACAAUCGCUAGUGAUGUCCAUAUAAUCUAUGACCCAAUUAAACGUCACGUAACGGGUUUAACAAAAAUAGUUCAAGAAAAUGAGUCGAAAAGUGCCGUUAUUGAGGUUAGUGUGGCUCAAAUACAACUUGACGUCAGCGCAAUCAAGAAAAGGGUGGAGAAUCUCGAAUCUAAGGAAAAAAUUCAUAGUCCGAACACUGAAAGCACCCGGAUUGUACCGAAGCCAAGCAAAGAGGUUUCUGACGACGAAUCCGAGAACGAAGAGGAAAAAUAUGAGCCCGAAGAGAAAACAGAUAGGAUUCGGACGAUGCUGCCAAUGGACAUGCAUCCAAACAAAAUUAAAAUUAAACCUCCCACAUACGAUGGAUCGGAAAGGAAAAGACCAAUGAAGUUCAUCAAGGAGUUUCGGCAUUAUUGUGAGGUAACAAACCCCACUAUCACUGAAAUGAAAUAUUUGCUGGGACUGUGUCUAGAAAAAGCCGCAAAAGAAUGGUGGGUUCUUAUUGAGGAUCGCGUCGAGGAUUUUGAAGAAGUGGAGAAAAAAUUCGUUGAGCGCUUCUGGAGCACCGAUGUCCAGAGAAAAGUGAGAAAAGACCUCGAAUUCGGACACUACUCUGAUAAGGAUAACAAAACAUCGAAAGUGGAAUACACGAUCAACAUUUUCGGAGCCGCGAAGGAUCUCAUCCCUCCUCCAAGCGACGAGGACAUAAUCGCAUCACUCUUGCAACAUUAUACGGAUGAGAUUCAGGCAACUAUAAUCAGUCGAGGAUUCAAAACACUGGAACAAUUGAUCGAAUUCUUGGGAAAGAUAGAUCCGCAUGGACCAAUAAAUUCGAAAAAGGAGAAGGAAGCUUCUCAAACAAGUCAAAAUCAGAACAAAAAUGAGCAAAGGCCAUUCCGUAUGCCUCAAAACAACAAUUGGAAUAACCAGGGUGGAUAUCAGAACAAUUUCAACCGUGGAAACCCAAACUGGAACCAAAAUAACCGACCCAAUGGAGGUUAUAACAACAAUAACGGCUGGAACAAUCAACAAAACCGCAAUUACCAGCAAAAUUACAAUCAAAGGCCCAACAACAAUUAUCAACAAAAUUACAACCAGCGGCCAAACAACGGAUAUCCUCAGCAGAAUCGAAAUAACGGAAAUAAUAAUCAACAGAACGGAUAUAAUCGACAAAAUCAGAAUCCGAAUUGGAGACCGCAACAGAACAAUGGAGGAUACCGGCCGCCGAAUAAUCCGAACGACCAUCGUCAAACCAACGAACGACAACAGACGUCCAAGCGAUGGAGGUCCAUCAAGAGCCUCAGCCGUCGACAUCUCGGGCGGGAAACGAAUGAACGUUGUACCCGUGCUUAA